AUGCCUUUGAUCCUGAAAACAACGACUAAUGAAGUCACAACGACAUCAACUGUCUCUUCCAUCGCCAACACAUCAGCAACAGUCUCAAUCACUAAUACUGCUUCCACCCCUCUUCACUUGGUCGCUUAUCGACAAUCGCUUCACUUCAUGAGACAAAGAGACUAUCUCAAUGCACUCCGAUGGAUUACGACCGCGUCAACUUUGUACAGAGCGACAUAUUCUAUAUUAUGCAUCGAGUCAAUGAUUUACUGUCUUCUUGCAGAUUAUGAUCGUGCACUGCAUAAAGCAGGCAUAGCUAUCAAUAAACGUCCUCAUCGGACACCUGCACAUUGCAUUAGAGGGUUAAUAUAUUUCACUCUAAACGACAUCCCCAAGGCCCAUGUUGACUUCUCUUCGGCACUCAAUACGGAAUCCAACAACAUUUUCGCCCUCUACUAUCAAUCCCUUAUAUUCAGGAUAACAGAAGAUUAUUCAAACUUGCAAUUGACCUACUAUAAACUAUGUAAUACCCAAUAUGAGAGACUGCUCUCACCCGUUAUAAAUAAACUGUUUCCACUCUUACGAUUUUCUCGCAUAUCGGCUAUGAUCGAUCUUAUUCAGCGUCGCAUCGGCAACAAGCACGCGUCCGCUGGUUUCAACAUGUCUACCGACGUUCAUCCAUUCAUCUCAUCAACCUACAGAUACUGCGGAGAAGCGUACAGGAAAUUAGACAUGUAUAAAGAAGCACUCGACUUUUACAACAAGGCGCUCGAAUUGAAACCGCACAGUAUUGGUGCAUUAGAACUAAGAGCCGAAGUCUUGUAUAUGUUAGAUGAAGACCGAGAUGCACUAGAAGAGAUUAACAGAGUGCUCAAAUACCGACCAAAUAGAUUAUAUGCAUAUAGGUUACGAGGAAAGAUUAACUAUUGGAUACGUGAUUACGCGACUGCCCUAUCGGAUGUUAAUAAAGUACUCGAAAUGGAUCCAUAUCAUGCAGAUGCGCUAUGUGAUAGAGGAAAGAUACGUCGAAAGCAGAAGAGAUAUACAAACGCAUUAGCCGACUUGAAUGCUGCUCUUCAAUUAGAUCCAAAAGAUCCCGGCAUAUGGGAGCAAAGAGCACUCGUGCACAACCUACUGCGAUUGAACGAUAAGGCUAUCGCUGAUUACCAAAAAUCUCUCUCUCUCAAAUCGGACAAUGCAUGGGGACUACGGCGUCUGAGCGAAAUAUAUUGUGAACUGAAGAACUAUCCAUUGGCGCUCACAACGCUCAACAAAGCAUUACGCCUAUCAUCUACUGAUUCGUACACACUCAGGGAAAAGGCUGAUGUCCUGCGAAAGAUGAAGAGAUAUAACGAAGCAAUGGAGAAUGCUAACAGAGCGGCAGAGUUAAAUCCGAACAGUUGUUCUAUCCUACGUGUUAGAAGCGAGAUUCAUAUGGCUGAGAAGAGAUACGAUGAUGCACUGAAAGAUCUCGCUAAUGCAUUAAAAUUACGUCCCACAAGUGUUAGUACAUUGGCUACUAGAGGAAAGCUCAGUAAGAUAUUGGACAAACCAAAGGAAGCAUUAAUCUAUUUAGACAAGGCACUAAAACAACGGCCGCGUGAUCCACGCAGUCUUCAAUUACGGGCAGAAGUUUACGUAAGCCUUGAUCGCAUAGUUGAUGCUAUUCGUGAUAUAGGCACAUUCCUCUAUGUCGAGAUCGAUCACAACCCCGCUCGCUGUAUUCGGGGUAAACUAGAAUUCAUGCUCGAACGCUAUAACGAGGCUCUAUAUGACUUUACACGUGUGCUCGAUCGACAACCUGAUAACACUUUUGCUCUCCACGCUCGAGGUGAUACGUCUCGAGUGGCGGGCUUUUAUGAGAGUGCAUUAAAGGAUUUAAACAAGUGUAUUCUCUUGGAAGGCGAUCGUGCGAGUGUUUAUUUGAGUAGAGCUCAGGUCUAUUAUGCUAUUGGACGGUAUACUGAUGCUGCAAAUGACUUUGAGUGUGCUGUGAAAAUAGAACCAGACAUUCUGGAUUGGUGGAGGAGUGAUAAUGAGGAUAUUAUGAAGUUUGUUAAGAGCGUGGUUAGAAUAUGA